AGCUUAAAGAUUCUUUGCCGACAGCGGCCUGGGCUGCGCGCUGCGCCGGCCUUGAAAGAGGCGCAAUGGGCUGUGGGGGUUCCAAGCCGCAGGAGGCGGCUAGCCCGCACAGUUCGCCGACGCCAUCAGAGCAGCCAGUGGUCCCUGCGCCGCAGGCCGCGCUUGAAACGCAGAGGUUUGACAAAGUCAUCGUGCCUCGUAGCUUCCGGCUCCUGGACGAGUUAGAGAAAGGCCAGAAAUGCGAACGCGCCUCACACCUUUCUUGGGGGCUCGCCUAUGACGACGAUAUUACUUUGACCACUUGGAACGGCACCAUCUUUGGGCCGUACAACACCAUCUUCGACAACCGCAUCUACUCCCUUCAAAUUGUGUGCGGGCCGGGGUAUCCGGACGUGCUGCCGGAAGUUCGCUUCCUGGUGGGCAUUCACAUGAGCUGCGUGGAGUCCGACGGCACGGUCAAACCCAGCUGGGGAAUUCUAGGCAAUUGGAAAAGAGAGUACACCAUCGAGACAGUCCUGGACGCCCUUCGACGCGAGAUGUGUAGCCCGGUGAACCGCAACGUCGAGCAGCCGGAUGAUGCCCCGCCGGCGCCCAGUUAAGGCAACCAAAAAGCUCUCGUGAGUCCGGGGCUUGCGCCGCGCCCUUCCAACCCCCGGACGGGCGCGAAUCGACCAACUUCGACCCGACUUCCCGAGCCGCCAAAGGCGAUGCGGGCCGCGUUACCCGACGGUUUUUAUGGAUCUUUGGAUCGAUUGGCGAGUCCCCGAGUUCCCGUC